CACAGCUUUACAUUGCAAAAUUUGUACCUAACACAUCUGCUUUUGCCAUCAUCUUCAUUGAGUUCAGUUGAACUUGUUGUGUGCUUGUGGAAGAUAUAUUUUAGAGAUAUUAAAUUUAUUCCAGAGAUAUGAAUUUUCAACACUUUUCGAUGGUGCCACCUCCACCACCAGAUAUUGAUCAAUCAAAACAAGCUCCACCACUUCCAGUUGGGAUACCACCAGGUCCUCCACCUCCGCCGCCACCAGAAACACCAUCAACAGAACUACAUCAAUCAGUACACGCAACAAAUAGUUACUCCAAUGACACUUUGCCGCCUUCGAUGCCUCACGUAUCUGGAGCAAGUAGUUUUCAUUCUUAUCCUACAACUUUUUAUCAACAACCUUAUAACGACAAGAGUACGCCUUACUAUCCACAUUUUCAAACAACAAAUACAUAUACAGAUGUAUUUAAUAAUGAAGGUGUGUAUAAUGUGCCGCCACCGAGAAAAACUCCGUACACACCUUAUGAUUCAACAUAUAAUGAAUAUAGUUAUCAUAACCAAAAAUAUGAUGGCCAUGUACAUCGACCUUACAUAGGUGGCAGAGAAUUCACGCCAAAUAGAGGGCAUUAUAAACCACCUGGUAACAUACGACCACAUCCAUACGAGCAUAAGCCUAUGACAAAUCGUGCACCUUAUACUGCGCGUGGAAAUUAUCGCAAUACUUCUACCACAUCCCAAAUCAAUCGUCCGCAAUUUGCACCUCCAUCGUCUCAGAGAGGUUACGGCUAUCCGAAAUAUGCCGAAACUUCUAGACCCUAUACUCAACGAGAAAGAAAGUAUGAAGCACGAAGCGAUUCCAAGGAACCAAAACUUGAAACUGAAAGAGACAGACUUUUGAAAAGCUGGAGAUCAAAUUAUUGUGAAACCUCCGAAGAUAUUGCCGAAAAAUUGGCAGAAAUGGUUGGGCAAGAUGAAGACUCUCCAACCGUAUGGAUACGUUCAUCGCCAGCAGAUCCAUUUUACCGACGUUCAGCUGUACCAAAUGAAGUUGUGUCCACUAGUAGAUUAGAAGCGCUGUGCAAUUUAUUCGAAGAAAAAUUAGUACAACGCUCAGAUCGUGUGCGCAAAACAUUACCACCCUACGAACCGCCAGCACGCAAGUCACGCCGCCGCCUGUGUAAACAUAAAUCUGAAGCUUGCUCAUCGUCGUCAGAAGACUCAUCAGAUGAUGAGCUGAAAAUUGAACAAGAUUGUUGUAUGGAGGAACUUUCACGAAAAGUGCAGCAUCCAUAUCGCAUACAUGCCGACUUGUGGCAUAACGAUUCGGGUGAAAUGAAUGACGGCCCGCUCUGUCGUUGUUCUGCUAAAUCGCGACGUAUUGGCAUACGGCACGGCAUAUAUCCCGGUGAAACAGGUUAUAAGAAAUGUUUGCCGAAUUCCAAUAAUGCUUCGCAACUUUACCACUAUCGUAUUACCAUUUCGCCGCCCACAAAUUUUCUCACUAAAACGCCAACGAUAAUCAAGCAUGACGAGCAUGAGUUUAUUUUCGAAGGAUUUUCGAUGUUGACACAUUCACCGCUUGCAGACUUGCCCACAUGUAAAGUCAUACGCUUUAACAUUGAAUAUACCAUCUUGUAUGUUGCUGAGAAAAUGCCCGAGAAUUUCACCAUAAGAGAAUUGGAGUUAUUUAAUCAAUACCUAUUCCACGAACUGCUAGAGCUGGUAGAUUUUUCACUAUACCCCGACGGCAUGUCCAGUUCCGAAACAUGUCCAGCCUUUCAUUUCUUACCACGUUUCGUGCGUGAUCUACCCGAUAAUGGCAAAGAAGUAUUGGCCAUAAGUGAAGUGCUCCGUUAUUUACUGGACAGUGCUGCUCCACUUGUGGAUCGCGAUCAGUUGCGUUGCCUAAACGAUAUCAGUCAGCAUGAGUGGCAAGAUUAUGUCGAUUUCAUAAAAGGAAUGCUUGUGACAAAACCGGGUUACAAACCAUGCUCCGUACGCGUGGAUCAGCUGGAUCGCAAUGUUUCUGAUUUGCCAGAGUGUUUUGAAACCGAAGAGAACGUAACACAUCCAGCCAUCGUGCAUUUUGGUAUACGACCACCGCAGCUCAGUUAUGCCGGCAAUCCGGAGUAUCAGAAAGCUUGGCGUGAAUAUGUAAAAUAUCGCCAUCUAAUGGCCAACAUGUCGAAGCCAUCGUUUGCUGACAAGCGCAAAUUGGAGGAAAAAGAAGCGCGUUUACAGGAAAUGCGCACUCAAGGGCGUAUGAAGCGUAAUAUAACUGUGGCGGUCAGUUCGAAGGGCUAUUAUCGAACCGGUAUUAUGUGUGACAUUGUGCAGCACGCGAUGCUCAUACCGGUGCUUACUGGUCACUUGCGUUUUCAUCGUUCGUUGGACCUUUUAGAGAAAAGUAUUGGUUACAGUUUCAAAAAUCGAUAUUUAUUGCAAUUGGCGUUGACGCAUCCCUCGUAUAAAGAAAAUUAUGGCACGAAUCCCGAUCAUGCGCGCAAUUCGCUUACUAAUUGUGGCAUACGUCAGCCCGAGUAUGGUGAUCGUAAAAUACAUUACUUGAAUACGCGAAAGCGUGGCAUAAAUACCCUUAUAAACAUAAUGUCGCGCUUUGGCAAGGAAUAUGAGACUAUGUCUAAUAUCACGCAUAAUGAACGUUUGGAAUUCUUGGGCGAUGCCGUUGUUGAGUUUUUAAGUUCAAUACACUUGUUUUUCAUGUUUCCUGAUUUGGAAGAAGGUGGUCUGGCUACUUAUCGUGCGGCUAUCGUGCAGAAUCAGCAUUUAGCUUUACUCGCCAAGAAGUUGCACUUGGAGGAGUACAUGCUGUACGCGCAUGGUUCGGACUUAUGUCAUGAAUUGGAAUUGCGUCACGCAAUGGCUAACUGCUUUGAGGCUUUAAUGGGUGCGCUGCUACUCGAUGGUGGCAUAUCAAUAGCCGAUGAGGUAUUUAUGAACGCGCUUUAUAUGGAAAACGAGCAACUAAAAGAGAUUUGGAAGAAUUAUCCAGAGCAUCCGUUGCAAGAGCAAGAGCCGUUAGGCGAUCGCGGUUGUAUAUCUUCUUAUCCGGUGCUGCAGGAGUUAACCAAAUUCGAAAAAUCCAUCGGCAUACAGUUCAAACACAUACGUCUACUGGCACGCGCUUUCACCGAUCGAUCCAUUGGUUUUACUCACCUCACACUGGGUUCGAAUCAGCGUUUGGAAUUCCUGGGUGAUACGGUGUUGCAAUUGAUUUGCUCCGAAUAUCUUUAUCGCCAUUUUCCCGAGCAUCACGAAGGUCAUUUGUCGUUGUUGCGUUCAUCGCUUGUGAACAAUCGCACACAAGCGGUGGUUUGUGAUGAUCUCGGCAUGACCAAGUAUGCGGUCUACUCGAAUCCAAAGGUGGAGCUAAAGACUAAAGAUCGUGCUGAUUUAUUGGAAGCCUUCUUGGGUGCAUUAUAUGUGGAUAAAGGUUUACUGUAUUGUGAACAAUUCUGUCAUGUUUGUCUGUUUCCACGUUUGCAAAUAUUUAUUAUGAAUCAAGAUUGGAACGAUCCCAAAUCGAAGUUACAACAAUGUUGUUUGACUUUGCGCACGAUGGAGGGUGGCGAACCCGAUAUACCCAUUUACAAAGUGAUCGAGUCUAUCGGACCCACCAAUACCCGCGUGUAUACGGUAGCUGUUUAUUUCCGUUCGAAACGCUUGGCAACCGCUACCGGCUCAUCGAUUCAGCAGGCUGAAAUGAAUGCAGCCAAACAAGCUUUGGAGAAUUCACGUGAUUUAUUCCCACAAUUGGAUCAUCAGAAACGUGUUAUAGCCAAGAGUAUUAAAAAGCAAAAGGGUGGCGAGCUCAAACCGGAAUUUGAAGAGACUUUAACCGAACAAGCGAAACCGAAAAGUACGAAUUCCAUGGAAGAUGAGUCACAUCUUCCCAAGCAAUAUCGUGUACGUGAAGACAUCUCCAGCGAUGAACUGCCGGAUGAUGAUAGUGAUGUGGACGAUCAACAGACCACAUCCAUAAGCAUUCAAGGUCAUUCAAGUCACAGCAGUGAUAGCAGCACCAGUUCAGAUGAUGAGCAGUUGGAAAAAUCCCGCACACACAAAAGGCGAAGCAGAAAACGUGUUGAAAAAACAUCGCAAAACGGAGCGAAUUCGAAUUCCCUCAAAAGGGCAAAUCUCGAAGUGGACGAUAUGAAAAGUGCGAAUAAAAGAAAUUGUGAAGAUGUAUCGAGUGAUGAUUGCUUUGAAGAAAAUUUAACCGCCCCGGCGCCCAAUAUGAGCGAAAAUACGAAGUCGUCUUUAAAUACAAUGCCGCAUGAUCUUCAAGAUUUGGUGGAAGAUGUCUCGUCGAAUUCGGAUAUUGAGUCGGGAGAACUGAGUAGUUAAAUUGCGGCAUAUUAAGGCUUAAGGAGCACAAGGAAUGUCCGUCGUUAAGAAAUAGAACGUUAUCUAAAGCUCUAAACAAAAGUGCCGGUUGCCAGCAAUGUUAAAUAUUCAAAUAUUACAGUAACUUAAUUAAAAGCUUCUCUUGACUUGGGUCAACCUUUCUGUUGCGUAUUAUAACGUGUGGGUUCCAGAAUACAUUGAAGGAGUACAAGAUAAACUCAACUCUGUAAUCAAUAUACUAAAUGUUAAGCUUAAAUAUUAGUAUUAUAUUCUAAUUAUGAAGUUAUAUAGAACUGAAAUAUACGAAAAACUUGGUUCCGUAAGUACCAAAAAAAUUAA